AAAAAAAAAAUAUUGGAAAAAAUAAAAAAAAAAUUAAAACAGAAAAAAAAUAAAGAGUGAGAAAUAGAUUGCAAGCACCAGUUUUGAAAGCCAACAAAACGUGGUCGGAACUCAAGAGAAGUCUGCAGUCUCUGUGGAUAACUACCGUAUGUAGUUCGCAGCUGCAGCAGUAUAAGCAAGAAAACCACGGAAAUCAAUCAAUUGCUUAUGCUCAGCCCAUCGAGAAACCACCACCAACAUCUGUGAGCAGUGAUAAAUUACUGCAAACGCCCACAAGUAGUGAAACAGAGAUGGAUGAUAUGUUCCUGCAAUGUAAUAAAAAUACAAUUUACGUAUUAAAUUCAACUUAUCGAUAUGGUGAAUUUGAUAUGAUCGGACUUUUUGGAUCUGCAGCAGGUCGUGCGAUUGUGGCAAAUAACAACAACAACAAUAGCAGCAGAAAAAAUAGUCCCGCAAAGAAAGCCUACAAAUCCCUGUCAAACAUGACUGCCAAAAGUAAAUCGCUCGACUACGAGUUGAUUCACGAACAGGAGACGAGUAGGAGGGCGCGAAAUGCCGCCGCCACAAACAACGUCGCGCCAAGUAGUAAUAGCAAUAGUCCGUAUAACGGCAGCGACAACCUAGCAAAAAUCCACAAUGGAAAAAAAUCAAAAUUUUGGAAAAUUUUCGAGAGUGAUAAGGUUAAUAAUAAAAAUAGUUUAGAGGAUAUUUCGACAGCUAGCAGUAAAAAUAGUGUAAGUAAGUCCAUUAAGAGCACGUGCAAAUCGAGUAAAGAGCUUUAUCGUGAGGCAGCAGAGUUACUUGGCCUUUCAUGUACCCUAAGUGAUAAUUGCCGAUGUCUGGAUUGCCAGAGCGGCUACUUCGAUUGUGACGACUCCGAUUCCAUGUCAGAUAUGGACAUGUCAUAUAUGGACGAAUUCGAGGCAACCAAUUUUAUGUUGAUGGAAGAUAAUGCAACACAUGAAAAUGUUCAGUACUAUUAUGAGACACCACAUCAUUCACAUCAUCAGCAACAGACGCAGGAAACGAAUGUCAUCGAUUCGCACAACGACUUUGACGACGUCGAGACACUCGACGAUAAUGAUCAACUAAUAAAAGCAGACAAUGUCGAAUGUUCAACAACUUCUAAUAACGAGGACGAGCACUCAGCGACAAACGAACAGCAAUUAAUUGCGUGAAAUUGGGGUAAGUAAAAUAUAUUCACAAC